AUGUAUUAUCCUGGAGCGAGGUUCGUGCCACCCCCUCCAGGCUAUCCUCCGCGGGGAUUUGUGCCACCCCCACAGGGCUAUCCGCGGCCGCGAUUGCCUCCGAUGGCGCGGUACCCGCCGAUGCAGGGCUAUCCGCCGAUGCAGGGCGUGGCGCCGCGCGGCAGACCGCAGGGAGGAUAUCCCGGAGAAGCGGGGUUUGGAGCGAUGCAAGGAUUCCCGCCUCGGAAUUAUCGCCCGGGAGGGUUCCCGGCGCGAAAUGAAGCUCCUCGUUGA